AUGUGCAGCGGCAGCCACUGUGCUGUCAGAGGCGGCAGCGCUGCAGACGGGGGAAGCUGCUUCUCCGCGGUGACUGGGGGUCUCACAGCUGGAAGAAGACCACCUCCCCAGAAGGAGGACAUCCCCUUGCCUCCAGGGGCAGCCAUGCUGACUCUGGGGGACCCCUGGCUCCAGGUCUCCUGCUGGCUCUGCGUGGUCCUGGUCUCUGGGCAGGAGCCCUAUGCCCCCCAUUCUAUCAGACUGGAAGGAGACAUCACUUUGGGGGGGCUCUUCCCUGUGCACUCUAGGGGUCUUGCAGGAAUGCCGUGCGGGGAUAUACGGAAGGAAAACGGGAUCCACCGGCUGGAAGCCAUGCUAUAUGCCAUCGACCAGAUCAACAGCGACCCGGAGCUGCUGCCCAACAUCACUUUGGGGGCUCGGAUCCUGGACACCUGCUCCCGGGACACCUACGCCCUGGAGCAGUCCCUCACCUUCGUCCAGGCUCUCAUCCAGAAGGACGCCUCCGAUGCCCGCUGCACCAACGGGGAGCCUCCCGUCUACGUCCGACCCGAGAAAGUAGUCGGAGUCAUCGGGGCGUCGGAAAGUUCUGUGUCCAUCAUGGUGGCCAACAUCCUGCGACUCUUCCAGAUCCCGCAGAUCAGUUACGGCUCCACUGCGCCUGAGCUGAGCGAUGACCGCCGCUAUGACUUCUUCUCUCGGGUGGUCCCUCCGGAUUCCUUCCAGGCCCAGGCCAUGGUGGACAUCGUCAAGUCAAUGGGAUGGAAUUACGUGUCCACGCUGGCGUCAGAAGGAAGUUAUGGGGAGAAAGGGGUGGAGUCAUUUAUGCAAAUUUCCAGAGAAGAAGGAGGUCUUUGUAUCGCUCAGUCUUUGAAAAUACCAAAUGACCGGAAGCCCGGCGAUUACGAUAAGCUGGUGAGGCAGCUGCUGGAGACGCCUCAGGCGCGGGCUGUGGUCGUCUUCGCUGUGGAUGACAAUGAUAUCAGACAGGUCUUGGCGGCAGUAAAGAGAGCUGAUAAAGUGGGGCACUUCAUCUGGGUCGGGUCGGACAGCUGGGGCUCCAAGCUUGUCCCAAUAAGUCACCUUGAAGAUGUUGCAGAAGGUGCUAUUACUAUCCUGCCCAAGAGAGCUACCAUUGAAGGUUUUGAUGUCUACUUCACCUCCCGGACUCUGGAGAACAACCGGAGGAACGUCUGGUUCGCAGAAUAUUGGGAGGAGAACUUUAAUUGUAAACUGACCAUUACUGGCUCCAAGAAGGAGGACACCGACCGCAAGUGUACAGGUCAGGAGCGCAUUGGGCAGGACUCCCCCUACGAGCAGGACGGUAGGGUUCAGUUUGUGGUGGACGCGGUGUAUGCGAUGGCUCACGCCCUGCACAACAUGAUAAAGGCUCUGUGUCCUGGUUCUUCUGGUCUUUGUCCAGCAGUGGACCCUCUGGUGGGGAAGAAACUUCUGAAAUACAUCCGCAAUGUCAGCUUCAAUGGAAGCGCUGGGACCCCAGUGAUGUUCAAUAAGAAUGGAGAUGCUCUGGGCCGAUACGACAUCUUCCAGUUCCAGAUGGGAAAUCGCACUGCGCCCGGAUACCGGCUGAUUGGACAGUGGACCGACGAGCUGCAGCUAAAUAUUGAAGACAUGCAGUGGUCGAAAUCAACGCACGAAAUCCCGCCUUCCGUCUGCAGCUUGCCAUGCAAAAUGGGCGAGAGGAAGAAGAUAGCCAAAGGCAUGCCGUGCUGCUGGCAAUGCGACCUCUGCGAUGGCUACAAGUACCUGCUGGAUGAGGUCACCUGUUACCGGUGUGAUUUUAACAUGCGCCCAAACCGUAACCGCACCGGCUGUGACCCCAUCCCUAUCAUCAAGCUGGAGUGGCACUCCCCGUGGGCCGUGAUCCCCGUCUUCCUUGCAAUGCUCGGCAUCAUCGCCACCAUCUUUGUUAUGGCAACCUUCAUACGGUAUAAUGACACCCCCAUCGUAAGGGCCUCCGGGAGGGAACUCAGCUACGUCCUCUUGACCGGGAUCUUCCUCUGCUACAUCAUCACGUUUCUUAUGAUCGCCAAACCCGACCUGGCCGUCUGCUCCUUCCGGCGCAUUUUCUUGGGGUUGGGAAUGUGCAUCAGUUACGCCGCUCUCUUAACGAAAACCAACAGGAUUUAUCGAAUCUUUGAACAAGGUAAGAAGUCGGUGACGGCUCCUCGGCUCAUCAGCCCCACCUCGCAGUUGGCCAUCACCUCCAGUUUGAUAUCCAUCCAACUACUGGGAGUUUUUAUCUGGUUUGGCGUCAACCCUCCGAACACCGUCAUUGACUACGGGCAGGAGACGGUGGAUCCGGGGCAGAGACGCGGCGUCCUGAAAUGUGACAUUACGGAUCUACAAAUUAUUUGUUCUUUGGGAUACAGCAUCCUUCUCAUGGUGACUUGUACGGUUUACGCCAUCAAAACAAGGGGCGUGCCGGAGAAUUUCAACGAAGCCAAGCCCAUAGGUUUCACAAUGUAUACAACCUGCAUAGUGUGGCUGGCUUUCAUUCCAAUAUUCUUUGGAACGUCGCAAUCAGCAGAAAAACUCUACAUCCAGACCACCACACUCACCAUCUCCAUGAACCUCAGUGCCUCGGUGGCUCUGGGGAUGCUCUACAUGCCGAAGGUUUACAUAAUCAUCUUCCACCCAGAACUGAAUGUGCAGAAACGCAAACGCAGCUUCAAGGCGGUAGUGACAGCGGCUACAAUGUCGUCACGUCUUUCACACAAGCCCAGUGACCGGCCCAAUGGGGAAGCCAAGACAGAGCUCUGCGAGAAUGUCAAUCCAAACAGCCCGGCCACAAAGAAGAAAUAUGUCAGCUAUAACAACCUGGUGAUCUAGGCGGCCUACUCAUCUGAGAUGGAAGAGGCAGCAGCUACAUUUUCAUUCCUGCGUUGUGUGGUGCGGCUCGCUUCCUCUCCACCCCGUGCCUCACUCUAAGCGGUCAAUCAUGGGAGGAGAGGAGCUGCUGGAAUAUGACGGUGCACAGCCCUUGAGGACUGAGGGAAGCUGCUUUAUCCAAGCCAUCUGAACUAUUCCUGGCUUAUAUCAGGGGCCAGGAACAAGCGGUGAGGGCCCAGCCCCGCGUGAAGCAAGUUUG